AUGGAUCCUAUCCACGGCUUUAUGGGGACAACUAACAUGUCACAUAACACAAACCUUAUGAUGGCCGCCGCAGCCGUCACCACCACCCCGACCUCCUCCUCCUCGUCAUCUUCCUCCGGAGGCUCGGGUACGAACCAGCUGAGCAGGUACGAGAAUCAGAAGAGAAGAGAUUGGAACACUUUUGGACAGUAUCUACGCAACCACCGUCCGCCACUCUCUCUCUCCCGUUGCAGUGGUGCUCAUGUUCUUGAAUUCCUCAGGUACCUCGACCAAUUCGGCAAGACCAAGGUUCACACACAACUAUGUCCGUUCUUCGGACACCCAAACCCACCAGCACCAUGUGCCUGUCCACUCCGACAAGCGUGGGGUAGCCUCGACGCACUCAUUGGCCGGCUUCGAGCUGCUUUUGAAGAGAACGGUGGUUCGCCAGAGACGAACCCUUUUGGUGCACGAGCCGUUCGACUCUACCUAAGGGAAGUGCGUGACUCGCAGGCUAAAGCGCGUGGGAUCAGCUAUGAGAAGAAGAAACGGAAGCGACCUCCUCCGCCUCUACCACCGUCUCAGCCGGCGAUUUCGAAUAGCCCUAAUUAG